AAGAUGGCGGCGCUGGGAGCCCCGCUGCGCACCCUGCGCGCGCUCCUGCGCGAGCUGCGCCACGCCGCCGGCCGCUCCUAUCGCGACAGCCCCGCCUAUCGGCACGUGCUCGCGGGCUUCCGCGCGCACCGGGUGACCAGCGAGAAGCUGUGCCGGGCCCAGCAGGAGCUGCACUUCCAGGCCGCCACCUACUUGUGCCUGCUGCGCAGCGUCCGGGAGCACGAGGCCCUGCACCGCGAGUACCACGGCAGGGGAGAGCGCUCGCCGCACGAGGUCGCCGGGCUCGUGGGCUUCAGACUGCCGCAGCAACCGGGAGGGAAGGGCUGAGGCGGGACUGCUGUGUUCGGUGUUUUUUCCUCAAUGAAUAAAUAUAUAUCCUAGAGCUGCCGGAAUGGGCUGGGGUCUGUAGCAGGUGCCUUUUGUCAGGUGUAGGUUAUGGCGUGAAAGGUGUAACUGGAGACAACCGACCCCUUCUGCCUCUAUCAGGCCUCCCAGA